UCCGCUCACUCCGUCUCUGACGACAAGGUGUUCUGGCUUAGGGUCCAUGGUCCGUCCUGAACAAGGGCGGACGGUAAAUAGGUGCUAUAUCCGAGAGAUCUUGCAGGCUGCCGCGUAACUUCCCUGCUGGGUCGCUUAGCCCUCUCGGAUUGUGUGCUACCAAAUAUUACUUUGACUAGACCUCAACUAGAGGAGUGCCUCGAUUUGUCGAUGCCUGGGUGCAUUUGAUCGCCCUUGGCUUACGCAUCGUGCUGUGCCGUUCUGAUCGGACGGCUGCUGGAUCGUGCUUGGUCAAUUACGGGAAUAGAGAGAUAUCCGAAAAGAAAUCUACGACACAAUGGAUCCCUCGGCGAAUACUACUGGUCACGAUGACAUCUCGGUCAGCGAUGUGUUCAGUCCGCAAGCCGACAUGUCGCAUUCACACAAGGAGAUCAACAUGAGCGACGCCCCGGAAACCGGCUUUCGUAUGAGCGCCCGCAGCCCCCAGCGCAAGCAAGGACCUAUGAUAAAGGGGCCUGGUGUUCAUGGUGGCAAUCCCUUCCCGGCUCCAGAGCUCAACGCACACCCUCUCGCCGCGAAGGCUGACCGCCGCAAGAAGAAGAAAAAGCACGCGGUUCAUGAGGUUGCCCCGGCCCUUUCGACCGUGCGCGGGUUUACUCCUCGCGGCUCCGCCGAUGAAGACUCGGACCGAUCGGCUGCCAGCUCUCGUGCACCGAGCUCGCACCCGCGCACUCGUGCUGGAACUAAUGGGGGCAGUCCGUUGGUUCAGCCCGCGGCUGGCUGUGGGGUGAGCGCUUUGAAACUCCAGCUUGAAUCAAUGAGCCUGUCUGGCAAUGGAACCUCAGCCGGCCCCGCUGAGACCCCGAGUAAUGCCAGUGUCUGCUCCGACAGUGAUCAGACCGAGGUCCUGACUAGCUACGAGGUGCCUCUAGAGCAUGACUAUGUUAGCGCCGAUGCGGCCGCCGAGGAAGACUCGCGGAAUACAUCAAGCGUGCGGGAUAUGCGUACCCAGCUGUGCCGAAAGAUGACAACUGAUGACUUUGAGCCCCUCCUUUGCCUGGGGAAGGGGUCGUUCGGUACUGUAUUACUGGUGCGCCAUGUGCUCACGGGCAAGCUGUACGCGCAAAAGCAGUUUCGUAAGGCGUCGAUUACCGUUCACAAGAAGCUUGUCGAACAAACCAAGACCGAGCGCACCAUUCUGGAGAGUGUCAACCGUCACCCCUUUGUGGUCAAAUUAUUCUACGCGUUCCAGGACCACGAGAAACUGUAUCUGAUCCUGGAGUACGCGGAGGGCGGCGAGCUGUUUACGCAUCUAGCUAUGGAGCGUAUGUUUGACGAGGAUGCGGCUGCAUUCUACAUGGCGGAAAUGGUACUGGCCCUUGAACACCUCCACCAAAACGUCGGGGUCAUCUACCGCGAUCUCAAGCCGGAAAAUUGCCUGCUGGACAGUGAGGGCCAUCUGCUUCUGACGGACUUUGGGCUCAGUAAGAUUGCCAUCAACGAUGACGACCGUUGCAACUCCUCGCUGGGUACGAUCGAGUACAUGGCUCCGGAGGUCGUGCAGGGCAAGUCGUACGGCAAAGCUUGUGACUGGUGGUCACUGGGCGCGCUGGGCUACGACCUGCUCACUGGAUCUCCUCCCUUCAAAGCCAACAACAACGCCAAGCUGCAGGAGAAAAUUGUGAAACAGAAGCUGGCUCUGCCUUAUUUCCUGGGACCCGAUGCCAAGGACCUGUUGACCCGACUGCUUCGCAAGGAGCCGUCGAAGCGGUUGGGUUACCACAUGCCCAAGGACUUGCAGACGAUCAAGAACCACCGUUUCUUCCGAAAGAUCGACUGGAAGGCGCUGGAACGACGGGAGGUGGCGCCUCCGAUCAAUCCGGUGGUGACGGACCCAGCCCUGGCGGAGAACUUCUCGAUGGAUUUCACGCAGCUGCCGCUGAGUCCGAUCGUGCAUGCGUUUGACGACCAUUAUGCGGCCCGGGCGUCCGGUCCGCCAGCCAGUCACCCCGGUGAGGGCGAGCUUUUCGGCGGAUUUAGCUUCGUGGCGUCGAGCAGCUUGCUGGAUAAUGGUAUGAUGGUUUGAACGGGGUGUAACUGGUUGGAGGAGAGCAUACAAAUAGAACCAGACUGGUGGUUAAGCAUUGUGCAUAUU